GGGAGCCUCAGUCCGGGCUUUAAUCGAGCGCGCAGUGGCUGCCGGUUGUUGUAGUCGGCCGAGGGUUUUGCUUUUCUCCCGUGACCGCCUGGGAAGCCGCGGGUCCGUUUCGCUCAGUCAGGCUGGUGGCGACGGUUAUGGCAGCGGGCAGGUCUGUGCGAGCGGCGCGGAGUUGCUUCAGCCCUUUGCUUCACUUGAAUUACCCUCGGUUCCAUUCCAACAGAGGUUUGCUCUUUGCCUUCAGUACUGCUGCACAACAAAAGAGCACGGGGGAUGAUUGUGGCCCAGAAGAUCCUCAGAAUGAACCUAGACAGAUCCUAAGGGGAGAAAAUUUGGAGCACAAGACCAUCAAGCUAGAAGAACAACUCCGUGUCUUAACAGAACGAUACCAAAGAGCCCUAAUGGAUUCUGAAAAUGUCAGGCGUAGAACACAAAAAUUUGUUGAGGAUGCUAAGAUUUUUGGCAUCCAGAGCUUUUGUAGAGAUCUGGUAGAAGUAGCAGAUAUCCUGAAGACAACUUUGGAGAUUGUUGUAGAUGAUGAUGAUGACCCAACUCUGACCCUGAAUAAGAUCUGUGAAGGCCUGACUCUUAUAGAAGUCAAACUACAGAGCGUCUUUACCAAGCACGGUCUGCAAAAAAUGAACCCCAUUGGUGGCAGAUAUGACCCCUAUGACCACGAAAUUGUUUGUCAUGUGCCGGCAGAAGAUAUGCAACCGGGCACUGUGGCUUUAGUGACUGUGGAUGGUUACAAACUUCAUGGCCGCACUAUCAGACAUGCACAUGUCGGGGUGGCAGUAGAAUCUCAAGAAUGUGAUGAACCUGAAUCUUAGCAAUUGGGGUCCUGUGAACUUAUUUUGUUUUGUCCACAUCAUCACUGCUGCUUUAUUUAUUAAGCCACACCGGUAUGACUUGCUGGUCUCUCAGGAUUGGCAUGAUCAUUUGUCCUUCCUUUUCAAGCUGUUAUUAUUCAAUGUUAGUUUUUCCUGUUGUGUAAAGAUAUUUUUUCGGUUGUUUCACAAAUGUUUUCUUUUCUAACUGUUAAUGUUACGCCUGCAUUAAAAGGAAUGUAGGAUUCAUUCCAACAAGGCACAGACCUAUUGAAAAGUCAGUCAGUAAAAUUCCACUGAUUUCAAUAGGUCUGUUCAAGGGUGACUAAAACUGGAUCCUGUUCUCUGAAAAAAGGCUGUCCUCCGAGAUUUAUUUUUAAUUUGCUUGUUAAUCACACUAUGUUCCCAUCUUCCUUUUUUAUAAUCUGUGGUAUACAUUUCAUCUGAGCUUUAUUUACAGUAACCCAGAGUCAUUCUUAUAUCAGUCUGGAUUUUUUUUCCAUUUAUGUAUUUAUUCAUGUGUUCUUUGAGACAUUCUCCUUAAACAAUACAAGAUGAUUUUAAUGUUUUUUUUUUCACCUUUAAAUAUGUGGACAAUGGUAGCUCUGUGGUUCUUUUACAAUCAGCCAAGUACGUGUUUUGGAGAAGAUUCAAGGCACCACUUAAGUUCAAGACUUACUUCCUUCUGAGCGCAAUUUUAACAAUUCUGGGGCAUUUGUAACCCAAGCAUGCAUGUGCCAAGUCUUGAAGCUUCAACACUUUUCUUUUUGAAUGUUUUCUAGAUCUCAAAAUUUCCCUGAGUGCUUUGGCCAGUAAAAUAUUUUCACUCCUAAAUUACUUCUGAAAAUGCAUACGUAAAUAUAAUAUUUUGUUUUCUUGAACUUUUCAAGAAGCUUCUUUCAAGGAGAGAUAUGAUACCUGUCUGUCUUACAAGAAUAAUUUGGCUAGUUAAAAAUUGAAGAUGAACAUCUCUUUGGGGUACUGAACGGAUUAUUAAGCCCAGCCAAAUAAUUUGUUUUCCUCUUAAAUUGAUUUUGAAUUUGGUCUUCCACAUUAUGAUCUAGCUAUCCCAUCAAACCCAUAAAUUCACCAUCAAGAUUUUCCAUAUUUCAUAAAUUGGCUUAAUGCAAUAAAAGUUCCUCUAGAGUCUAAACCUUUUAUUUUAAGCCUAGAUUUUAAAGUGGGAAAAAUCAAUACUUAGUAUAAAACACGUGUCUUACAUGGAGCAGGUCAGUUCAUAAUAUUUCAAAUUGUUGCGUCUCUCACAAUAAGAUCCUUGUUGUGAAGGAUCUUCCCUUGGUACUAUGUACUGUACUAUCUAACAAUGACUGGAUUAGAUGAACUAGUAAACAGCAAUAUAAGAAUGAUUCAUGGACUGUUAAUUCUGCAAAUAAUCUGCUGCCAUUUUCCAGCACAGCCUAACAUAUUAUCACCAGUGAUGGUAAGGGAUGAAUAGUAUUAGCCUUUUUUUUUUUUUUGGGGGGGGGGGGGGUGUUCAAUUUUGGGAUAAUGAAUAUGCAGAUGUUAAAGAAGAGAAAUAUUAAUUUAGAAAUGAUUAGAUGUCCUCUGUUUUAUGUUUUAGUUUUUUAAAAAAUAAAAAUAAAAUAGUUACAGAA